CCUAAAAUUGCUUUCAUGAUUGUUUGAAUAAUUGUUUCAGUUGUUCCUUUUGUUGACCUCCGUAAUUUUUACUCCGCUCAACUCCGCUGCGUGUUCGUCAGGAUCGCAUUAAAUGGAUAAUUGAAAAUUUCGCCACAUACGACAAAGUUUUCAUCCCGAAAAAUAAAAACAUACAAAAAUAAAGGAAAAUAAACACUAUUCCUCUUAUAUUUUCCUAUUUAUUAGAUAAAAAGAAAAAAAAUCGUGUAUAAAUUACUAUUUGUAAUAUUAUAGAGAAAAAUAAAAUGAUCCAUAGCUUAUUCAUUAUUAAUUCCCAAGGGGAUGUCUUCUUAGAAAAACAUUGGAAAAGUGUAAUAUCAAGAUCUGUAUGUGAUUACUACUUAGAGGCACAAAGAGCUAAUCCUAAAGACAUAAAUCCUGUAAUAGUCACUCCUCAUCAUUAUCUAAUAUCAAUACAGAGAGCUGGAGUAAGCUAUGUUGCUGUUUGUAUGGAAGACAUGCCUCCAUUAUUUGUUAUAGAAUUUUUACACCGAAUUGUUGAUACAUUCCAAGAUUAUUUCUCUGAUUGUACUGAGUCUAUUAUUAAGGAAAAUUAUGUGAUUGUGUAUGAGCUCUUAGAUGAGAUGUUGGAUAAUGGGUUUCCAUUGGCAACAGAAAGUAAUAUUUUAAAAGAACUUAUAAAACCUCCAAAUAUAUUAAGGACCAUUGCCAAUACUGUAACUGGCAAAACAAAUGUAAGUGAAGUAUUACCUUCUGGUCAGUUAUCGAACAUCCCAUGGAGAAGAACGGGAGUCAAAUAUACAAACAAUGAGGCAUACUUUGAUGUUAUAGAAGAAGUUGAUGCCAUUAUAGAUAAGUCGGGAGCCACAGUGUUUGCUGAAAUACAAGGCUAUAUUGACUGUUGUAUCAAGUUAAGUGGAAUGCCAGAUCUGACCCUUUCUUUUAUGAAUCCUAGGUUAUUUGAUGAUGUAAGUUUUCAUCCUUGUGUCAGGUUUAAAAGAUGGGAGGGUGAACGAGUUUUGUCUUUCAUUCCCCCUGAUGGUAACUUUAGGCUUAUAUCUUAUCAUAUAAAUACCCAGAGCAGUGUAGCGAUUCCAGUAUAUGUUCGCCACAAUUUGUCAAUCAAAACAGGAGAGCAAGCAAGGUUGGAUUUAACUGUAGGACCAAAGCAAACACUAGGAAGAACCAUUGAAGGUGUAAAGAUAGAAGUCUUAAUGCCAAAAUCAAUACUUAAUUGUGUUUUAACACCUAACCAGGGCAAGUACAAUUUUGAUCCUGUAUCAAAAAUUCUGCAUUGGGAUAUUGGAAAAAUUGAUGUUACAAAAUUACCAAAUAUUAGAGGAUCGGUAUCGAUCGCGAGCGGCACCAAUACAGCCGAGAUCAAUCCAUCAAUAAACGUUCACUUUACUAUUAGCCAGUUGGCAGUUAGCGGACUUAAAGUAAACAGACUGGACAUGUAUGGAGAGAAAUACAAGCCAUUUAAGGGAGUUAAAUAUAUGACCAAAGCAGGCCGAUUCCAAAUAAGAAUGUAGCUUGGGAAGCCGACCGCUGUUGUUGCAGAUAACGAUUUAUCAUAAAGGAUAAUGUCUUUUAUUUAUUGUUUUAAGUGUUAUAGUCUGAUUUUUUAUUAUCAAAUUGAUUUUUAUAAAAAAAAAACAUGUGCAUCGUUAUAAAAUGUUUUUUCAUCCAAGUUAUAUUUUCUUAGAUUAAUUUAUAUUUAUGAACUUUAUAAUAACCUUCAGAUUGAUAUUAAAUUAAAUGAUCGUAUGGUUAA